AUGUCUGCAUUAGAUGAUCCAUCUAUCCCUCGACAUUAUCAAAUAGAUAUUGAUCGCGAUCUUCUCCCAAAAGUCAAAGAAGUGUUCAUGGAUGUCAGUAAUAAACUGAUGUUUGGUCUUCCGGAGUCACCUCAAGAAGAACUUAUCCUGUCUUUCCCCAAUUCUCCGCUUUCAAUUACUUUAACGGAUGAUGCCAAGAUUGGAAUGGGAUAUGGAAAGAGCUACUUCUUUACCUUUCCAACGGCAUCACAGACACCGCUCUUCUCAGGUACAACUCCUGGUAUCAUAGUAGUGAGAGUGAUUAUGAUCCCCGAUGCCCGUCCCCCACCAGUUUUAGAUCUGUUAAGGCCGUGCAAACCCGUCAGGAAGGCGUUCAAACUCGACGAGGGGGCGCAGUCCUACUCCUAUUAA